UCCAGCGCAUAUCGGGGAGCCUGUAGAAGCCCAUCCACAUCUUUUAUCAACAACCACUAUCCUUACUUUACGUGCGUCAGCUUUCUUUGUUAUGAGUCGUCCUUCACUUCUUCACCAAACCUUCGAAAUAUCGCCAUCGGCGCAAGGCUAGGGCAGGUGCGGGUCGGCCAUUGUUCCUGCUUGCGGUGGCGAUAUAAUGUACCGCGCUAGUCAUCGAGCCGCUUUACGUUGAGCCGCUUUGAACUGCUUGUACGUCAUGCUUAAUCAGCUGUCUUUCGCAUAACUACCUAGAUUGCAAUGCACUCGAGGUGCAAAUCGGGAAGGAUACUCGAGCUAAUAGAUCCCCUGUUCCGUAUGAACCACAGACUCUAGUAGUUCAUCUGCUUCUUUGACCUGUCUACUGGUUCUAUACACAUCAGCAGGCACGUGCUGCGAUUUGAGCUGAUCUGGGUGCUUCUCUGAGCCUGAGCCUGCUGAUGUAAUCGCGCAAUAACGAAGCAGCCGUGACUUUUGGCUCCCACAGUGGGUCUGACUAAAUCAGCGAAUACAAGAUUAGUCUGAUAGCUAAUACCGAAUGUCUAUGAUCUAUCUUUCCCCAAAAAUUACGUUUGCAUUGUCGCCUCUGAGCCUGAUUUGCACAGCGCCUUCUUUCGUGACGUAAUAGACUUCGCUUCUUAUAACGCCAACCUUCAGCCAUUAUCGCUCCAAAUUCUCGUAGAACAGCGUCAUCUUAGCCUGAAAACCUCCCUCUAAGGCUCAGAAGUCAUUACUAGCCUUAAGCACGCUAUCGCAUGCAAAUUCAUCUAGGCAAUCAGUACCUUCUUGUCAAGUCCUGAAGCAUUUAGGCCUCUACAAUCCGUUGAAGAGCAUGCCUGGCCGGCAAGAAAUUGUUAUUGACGAACAGCCGCAUAGAGGUACCAGUGAAUUCGAAUCCAAAGCCGACUGCGUACAAAGACCUAACUUGUGUACCUUGAAAGACUGGCUAUUGCUUCGGAUAAUAAGGUCGGCAUACUUUUCGUCGAGAUAGU